AUGCUAAAGCAAACAGAGACGGGAAAUAAACGCAGCAGCAGUUUGGUUUCUACAGCAGCAGCAGCGCAGGCGGUUUCUACAGCAGCGCAGCAGUGCGGUGGUACCGCAGCAGAAAACAAUGGACAGCACGCAGAGACGGUUAAAAUACAACAGCAGCCCGCAGCAAGGGGCGGUUUUACAAAAGCACCAGAAGGGGUGACCGGGGAUAAAAGCCGCAAACAGACAAAAGUACGCGCAGCGACGGGGAACAACAGCCCGCGCAGCAGCUGCGGUUUGGGACAGCGGGAGCCGCAGUGCUGGUGCUACCCGCAAGGGAGCAGCAGCUGCAGUGCUUUCAGGCCCGCAGCAGAAAUGCAGCUGACCCGUGCUACAGCAGCAGCAGGGCCAAUGGUACAGCGCAGCAGGGCAAGGGUAAAACAGCAGCGAUGGUAUCAAGGGGCAGCCCGCAGAGCAGCAGGGUGGUACUUUCAACAGAGCAGCACUGGGCGGGGGUUCAGCAAACAGCAGCAGCUGAAGUUGGGCCCGCAGCAGGCCGCAGCUGACGAGCUGACAAUAACGUCUUUUCUAGCACUGCCAUCACCUGCAUAUUGCUCCACACUUCUUGUUGGUGCACUUUGGCAACGGUUGUGUCCAGCUCUUGUAGCCCUGCUUGGGUCUCCUGUAUCCCAGCGACUGGCUAGAGCUUCAGGCAGAGCUGAGGGUCAGAUGGGAAGAGGCUCAGGUUGUUUAGCUCACCCAGGUCCACUAUUCAACAACCAGCAAGCCAGGGCUAUUUACAACGUUGCAUGUGGGCUGGUAGUGACUAUGGGCAGUGUGGGAGAGAUGAGACCUGUCCUGGAGAGUCUUUUCUACCGCAUGUUGCUUUACCCGCCACCACAGUGUCGCCAGGAUGCUCUCAAGGCUAUAACUGAGUUAAUAAGCAGUCCGGUGAAACUUGUGCAACUUGCUGGUCCAAUUCUGUAUCCAGAUCCCAGAAAUCCUCACCAGAAUGAUUUGGCACUUUUUAGACUGGUGAUGGACAGUUUAGCUGAGUGUGGUAACUGCAGCGACACCGAAGUUCAGCGACUUUUGGUAGAAUGUGUUUCUACUCUUCUUACCUCUUUAGAAAAAUUAUCCCUUGGUUCCACACUUUCCCAGCAACAUGUGCAGGUCAUCAAUACCAUAUAUGCUAGACUUCAAGAUGGAGACUAUUCAG